UUGAGCCACCCUCCUACUCUACUCAUGAGGAGCUGCGGGGUGGGGUGUGGGGAAGAAAGGUCCCAACAAAGAAAGAGCGUGUUUGGAGGAGCUGGUAGGAGGUAGGAUCCUGCCUCAAACUUUCGGUUAAGUUUCCUUUGGUUUCGUUCCGAUUCGGAUUUUUCCCGAUCGUUUUCGGGAGCGGAGGCGCUGUUCCGAACUUUCCCGGAGGAUCAAGCCUUUUUUUGCACAAGCUGGCAGAAAAACUUCAAAUCCGGCAGAAGCAACGCCAGUGUCAAGGGAGACACAGAGUUCUGGUUCUUGAACUUCUGGUCCCAUUCAUGGGUCCAAAUAAAAGAGUGGAUUUGAAAAUCAUUAUUAUUGGAGCUUUGGGGGUAGGAAAAACCUCUCUUCUCCAUCAGUAUAUUCACAAGAGAUUUUAUGAAGACUAUCGCACCACUCUGGGAGCUAGUAUUUUGUCCAAAGUUAUGGAAGUAGACCACACACCACUGAAAUUGCAGAUUUGGGACACUGGAGGCCAGGAACGGUUCCGGUCUAUUGUGUCUACAUUCUACAAAGGUUCAGAUGGUUGCAUGCUGGCUUUCGAUGUCACAGAUAUGGAUUCUUUUGAGGCCUUGGAUGUUUGGAGGAAAGAUUUUCUUCAGAAAGUCAACUCUACAGAGCAAGGCUUCCCAAUGGUUGUUCUGGGAAACAAAAUUGAUCUGAAAGAUCGACAAGUGUCCAAAGAGGUGGCUUCAUCCUGGUGCAAGGAGAAGGAUGUAGCCUAUUUUGAAGUUAGUGCCAAAAACGAUAUUAAUGUGGUGCAGGCUUUUGAGACCUUGACAAGGCAAGCGCUAUCAAGAUAUCAAGGGGUGAUUGAGAACUACCUAACUGAAUCUAUAAAGCUCAGUCCGGAAGAUCAGCCCACAACCAAAUGUUGCUGA